GGGAUGUUUUUGUUUUGGCUGACAUCAGUGAUUCCGCAAGCAAGGCCCCCACCCUGUGUCAAUUCCAUCAACAUUUGCAAAUCAGCAGAUAUGUCACAAGUCCUCUUCCUAUAUUUGUCUUUUGGGAUCAUUUCCAUCGGAGAUGGUGCAAUCAGAUCCCCAUCUUUAGCAUUUGGUUCUGAUCAGUUGACAGGGGAAGUAUAUCAAGAAAAUGCGCGUGCAAUGGAGAGAUACUUCAGCUGGUACUAUGCCUUGAAUGCUUUGGCUCUCCUGGUUUCUCUCACGUGUCUUGUUUAUAUCCAAGUCAACAUGGGGUGGGGUUUAGGUUUUGGAGUUCCGGUUUUGUUGGCGUUAUUUUCAACUGUUUUAAUUUAUUUGGGUACAUUCUACGUGAAGAUGAAGCCUAAAUCAAGCUUAAUCACUGGCCUUUUUCAAGUGAUUGUAGCCUCUUAUAGAAAUAGACGUCUCAGAUUGUCAUCACAGAGCGAAGAUAUACUAUACCAUCAGAAAAAAGGGUCAGCCAUAGCUCUUCCAAGUGAAAAACUGAGAUUUCUGAAUAAAGCUUGCAUUGUACAAGAUCCUGAGUUAGAUUUGAGACCAGAUGGAGAAGCAACAGAUCCUUGGCGUCUGUGCACUGUAGAUCAAGUAGAGGAGCUGAAAGCAUUGCUCAAAGUUGUUCCAAUCUGGUUAACAGGAGUUGUGUCGUCCAUAAGUAACCUGAGCUCUUUUCCAGUACUUCAAGCAACUACCAUGGAUCGACAUAUUGGUUCAAGCUUUGAAAUCCCAGCUGCCUCGUUUGGCCUCUUUGGUGUCAUCUCUGCAAUACUUUGGCUUGUCCUCUAUGAUUGUUUGAUUCUACCCGUAGCAUCAAAAUUGGCCGGAAAACCUGUUCAUUUCAGCACGAAAGAUAGAAUGGGGUUUGGUUUAUUUCUUUCUUUCCUGUCAGUUUUAGUGAUAGCAGCUGUAGAAGGUUUCCGGAGAAGUGUCGCAAUCAAGGAGGGGUACUCUGAUGAUCCACAAGGCGUGAUCCCUUUGUCAGCAAUUUGGCUACUUCCUCAGUAUUUAAUUGGCGGCAUUGCAGGUGCCGUGUACGCCACUAGCCAAAACGAAUUUUAUAUAUCAGAAUUUCCUAAAAGCAUGUCUAGUGUUGCUUCUUCUCUAAUAGGAGUUGGUGGCGCAGUGGGAAGCUUACUAGCUAGCCUUAUAAUGAGUACUAUCGAUGACUUGACCAAACGAGGUGGGCAAGAGAGUUGGGUAUCGAGCAAUGUAAACAAGGGCCAUUACGACUACUAUUAUUUGGUUCUUGCAGGAUUUAGUCUGGUAAACGUACUAUGUUACAUUGUUUGUAGUAGAGCUUAUGGUCCUUGUAAAGGAGAGGAAGA